CUGAUCCAAGACCAAGCUUCUCUGAGAUAUAUCCAUCCGGCCAUAUCAAGGCAACCACCCUCUGCACUUAUUCCACUUAAUGACUGUCUAGACUUUUGCCGCUCUUUCUCCACAUCUUGUCUUCUUAAUGUCUUGACAAACACUCGUUUACUGUACAUAAUUCCCCCGUCAAUCAUGGCGGCAACAUGUAAAAACAUGCGUCUCCGACUCGUUGUCCGCCGUCACAACCUCCCAGAAACCCGAGUGCUCUUCAGCGUUUCGCUUGACGACGAUCCUACAAUCUCUCAGCUGCUCGAACAAAUCAAUGCUGUGAUUCCCCUCGAAUCCGAUCACUGGGGCCUGGACGACUACGCACUCGAGCUGCGCACCAGUCCUGAUGGAGCCGCCUUCGAGGCUUUACAUUAUCAGCAUGUCGCCGCUAUACUACAGCACGACGAGGAAGUCUACAUCCGCCCGCUCCUGACUCCGGACCUGAAGAAACGCCGCUUAAGUGGAAGGGACCAGAUCUCGACUGAUGGGAGGCACUUGGUGGACGGCGUGCCCUACGGUCGGCCUUUGCUACGACGCCCGCUAAACCGCCCCUCCAUCAGCAUCCCGCCCCGGAAACGCCAACGGCUCUUGUCAGAUGGCCAGGAUGACAGCACACUCUCACAACUAGAGGACGAGAACAGCCUGAGCGGAGAGCAGCCGCCACUACAGAUCACACAGUAUGGCGAGCCAGAAUGGCAGGGCGGGGAGGAUGAUGACAGUGAUUUUUCGGAGCAUGAAGCUGACGAAGAUAUGGAACUGGAAGAACAACUUUCCCAAAUCGACGAAGAUGAGCUCACUGCAUUGUAUCAAGAUAACGCCGAGGUAGAAAUGGAGGCCGGAGCCAGAUCGAACAUCCAGAAAUCGCCCAGUCCGAGCAGCCGACAUUCUGCCAAUGACCCGUGGUACGAAGAGGAGGACUCCGGCAUGACGGGGAGCGAUUUUGAGAACGAUCAUCAGCGCGCCGACGAGCUCAAGCGUCAACUCCUCGGCACUCUUUUCCCGGCUUUCAUCACGAGUAGCCCAGAGGAUACCCCAAAGUGGGUGCACAAGUAUCCCAAGAACCUGUACUCGAACGAUAUGAGCGAGAACCUGGCAAUAUUGGACCUGUUGGCAUGCCUCAGUACUGCGUUCCCCGGGCGGCCGAUGCUGGAUCUGAUGAAGAUCAUGAUCCAGUGCGAGUAUAAAGCGAGACGAGUAUACAAGCGGUUGAAGAAGGAUGAUAUUCCGCAUAUGAGCUACAACAGGGUGAAGAGGCUCUACAAGGCUAUCCACGCGGCAGCAUCUGCAGAGGCCUAUGAGUUUCUUAACAAUCAGAUGGAUGGGCAGCAACAGCUUGGCAAGGAAGAUGUCCCUGUGGCAGAGCCAGAGGAUGAAGGGAUGCUAGAGGCAUCGAAUGGGGAUGACAUUGAUGAUGAGGACGAUCAAUCAGAAUCCGGAGAGAGCGUGAGCUCGCUCGUGAAAUAUUACGACCAGCAUGGAUUCCCACCCGGUUCCAUCAUGGAUGGAACGGCGUUAGCCCACAUGGCCGCGGCUGCGCAGGGUGCGACGCCGAGGAAGAUCAACCUAGAGGACCGUCAACCAGAGGCUCCUGAACAGGAUCUCAUAGCUCCUGGCCAAGAUUCUGAUUCCGAUUCUGAAGACGACGACUUCGAGGUUGAUAGCGAGAGUAACUCCGACAGUUCGGAUGAUGAACCUGCAGAAGAGUUGAAGCCAAAACAGCACGUGAGGGCUGCCUCCGAGUCAUCUUCAGAUAGCGAGGCUGAAGAUGAAGAUGAAGAAAUUGCAGCAGCGUCCAAGAAGGCUCUACCUUUGUCAGAUUCAUCGGAUGAGGACAGCAGCAGCGACUCGAGCGAUGACGAGGAUGUACAAACAACAGAGUUCAAGGGCAAACCAAGGAAGAUUCCCACCGUUGCACCCGACACAAGCAGUUCGGAGAGCAGCAGUGAAGACGAAGAAGCAGAGGACAGUAGCAGUUCCGAGUCGGACGACGACUCAGAAAGUAGCUCCGAUGACUCUGGGGACAGUUCCGAUUCCGAAGACGAAGGUCCUGAGGAAGUGUCGUCGAAGCCGCCAACAUCAGACUUGGCUCUGCAUCAUUCAGAACUGCCUAGCCCCGGCGAGUCCAAGCAAUCCAAAUCUAGCAACCCUGGACAGCCCGCAAAGCCAGGAUCAAAUGUGGACGCCGACGAGGACUCUAGCAUUCUGUCGCAGCCAGGAAAGGCAAAGACUCGAAGCCGAAACGCUCGUCGCCGCGCGCUCAAGCAAGCCCUGAAAGCCAAGGCUGCUGCUGCAGAGUCGCAAAGCCCAACCACAGCCGCAGAAAUCGACCCGUUGGAGGAGCGCAAAAAAGCACUGCUGGCAGCACUGGGCGCAUCCGGUUCUCCUGACAAGCCGACCUUGACCUUGCAAAGUCAGUCUACUGAGGCUUCAAAAGCAAUAUCGUCGACGCACGCUGAAGCGGAAGUCGAGGAACCCGAUGCAUGGAGAGCCAAAAUCAACUACCGCGCAGUCGAAUGCGUGGAGGAAGGCGUCGAGCUCAGCGAGCCACCUUUCCCCUUUGUGCAGCGUUGGGAUCCACAACAACGCGGCUAUGGUCGUGGUGGGAAGAGGAAGCGACGCGCAGCCCCCGACUACUAUCAGGUCGGCGACGUGGGCCACUCGGCGACGAAGAAGCUCAAGUUUGCCGAUGUGAGUGAGCACGAAGAGGACGUUACCUUUUUGAACUACGACGAUGAAGAGGACGGUAGCGGCGGCCCGGGCAGGACCGGCACGGAUGAUAAGGACACCAGAGGCAACGACCCUGAGGCCUCAGCCGCCGAUAGCCAGUUCACAGACCUGGAUGACCUUCCCUCGCUACCGUCAGAUCUGUCGACACUGCCGAUUCUCAAGCUGGGCGAUGCCAAGCCUGGGAUGGUCAUCACUUGGAAACAAUGGGUGCUCUCCGAGGCGACCAGUUGGCAGCCCCAGCUGGCCGACGUAUCGGCGAUAGUGGCAAGCGUGAGCGACGACGGUAUGCAGCUACGCGUCGUACUGGCACGGCGGGACCGCGAUGUCGACAGGAAGGAAAAGACAUAUGAUGAAGAGACUGGGGAGAGAAUUUACGGACGCUUCGAGGUUCCGGACGAUGAUGAGGAGGAUGAUGAUGGCCAACAAAGAGGUGGUGAGGAAGAGGAGGACGGUUGGCGAACGCUGGAACUGUCGGAGCUUAUUGAACCCCGCAUCCAACAGGGUCCCCUGCCCAGCGAGAGUAGCGGUAGUGAGGACGGCCAUGAUGAUAUGCAUGUAGACGUGCCUGAGGCUCGCCCGAACGGCUCGGUCGUCAUGCCUGAUAGCCAGGCGCUAUCCCGGCCAAACGAUGGCGUCGAGGAUCGGGCGACAAGCAACGAAAUUUCUACGACCGUCGAGGGCGACGGCGAGGAAGCAGGACAAGGAUCCGCCAGCCCUCAACGGCACGCAGCGCACAAGACGAGAGCGCCAUCCCCGAGACCGCAGAAAGCCCUCUAGUGGCAGCCCAUGCAGCCCAUGCAGCCCAGGGUACCAGGCCAGAUGCCGAUGAGACGAGCAUGUUUGUUGAUGAUGAACAGGCUGGACCGGCCGUGGAGACUGGCCCAAACGGUGCUUUCAGCCAGCAAGGCAUUAAGAAUGGCGAGCAGCAACAAGAUCUGGAUAGCCCGUCGCGCCAACUUGAGAAUGAUGUCUCCAUCACGGCCCAAAAGGAGGGUAUGGACGGUAAUGACCCUCGACAUGAUUUCUCGUGCGUUAGCAAUUCUGUACAGAACUCUGCCUUGGUGACGCAAGCAUCUCACGGAUCGGCAUCCCAUGAAGUGUGCUACCCAUCACUCGAACCACCAACGUCAUCCGCAGCCUGCAGUCUACGCAGUGGCCGGCAGCCAGACACAGACCUCGCCAUGAUUGGAUCGGAGGACGACAUUGGAGUAUUUGAAGAUGACGUUGAUGAGAGCCAAGUCCCGACUCCCCGUGCACCGCAGACGCCGGUCAAAAUCAGGAAUGAUGGUGUCGGAUCAUCCCCGCCAUCAUCUCUGCCAUCCAUCAGCGCAAUCUGGCAAACAUGCCCGUCGACGUUUAGCACUCGGAGCCCAGUCUCCGCCAGAUUCGCAGCGGCAUCGGUCUCCAAAGUCAAGACUGAGCACGCGGUCCGGGACAAGAAGUAUCAAGAGGAGAUGCGGCGAAUCGAUGACGACAACGACUCAGCCGAAGAUGUACCCGAGUACAAAAUCUCCACUACACAGAUCAAAGAGAACAGCAGCCAACAGGAGCGGCGCGACAGCUCGCCGAUAAGUCUACCAAAAUUCCAAAAAGAGAGCAAAUUUGUGCACCCCCAGACGUAUGGUACAUCCGUCUCGCCGCCUGCGCCUAGGGGCCUCAGGGGCGGUCGGAGGCAAGGUUCGGCGGUCAAGUCGCUGCCGACGGAGCACGACCAAGUCAUUGCCAUCUCUAGUGACCACAGCAGCCCGGAGCCGGUAUAUACAGAGGACUACGCAGACGAUGGUGUAGACGAGGAUUACGAGUCCUCACAACCGUCUACGCGAGCCAGCUACGGCAAGAAGUAUGGCCUUAGAGGGACUAGCGUGCCGGCUACGAGGCUCAAUGGUGGGAAUGUUGGUUCUGCCGACGGCAAGACAGUGAGCGGCAGGGCGGCUUCGGCCAUGCCGGCAUCACAGCCUCGUGCAGCCGGAAAAUACCCGUCUUUGAGGGCGUAGAUUGCCCGGAAGGGGAACGCCUUGCAUGAUGCAUUUAUCGAUGGGAAUUUAUCCAAUUAGCAAUAGUUGUAGUCUUUGAGAAAUCGACAAUGGGAAUACCAGAUCUGCUUUGGCCAUCAAUUUUUGUACUACUUUUUGGCCUCUGUUUUCGGAGUUGAAGGCGUGUGAAGAACGGUUUACAUUUUCGCCUUGGAAAGGCAAUGGUUACAUCCAUACUGGUGUGUUGAUGGUUAACACUAGUGAACAAGAUAACCCUAGAAAAGUUCGGCCUGAUAAUUGACUGAAUUGACUUUUCUCGACCUUUUCGUC